AAGAGCAUUCCAUCACCUCUUUCUAGCAGGCAGACGACCAUACCUACCGUGAAAGCUUUACCGCGUGACAUUUGCUGUGACACAUCGGACCCAAUAYUUCGGUAACGUAGUGCACAAGAGAGCGAAUGCACGGUACCUCCCUCUUGCAGUUGACCCAGGUACACUAGUACAACAACAAAACCGUAUUUUACAUAACUCACCUGCCCCUGCAACAGCAACACCCUGUCUCUUCGGAUGCAUAACGGUGGCGCUGGAGUCUGGCGGUGCAUCCAUUUUAAGGUCUACAACAACAAGAAAUAAAACAAACGAAGAAUCCCAACCACCGACACGCCCAAAAAUGGUAUCCAAUACCRCCCCUCUGAGACGCCGACGUUCGGAAGGCGGAUUCGCUUCCGGGAGAGGUGGUGGUAGCGCGGASGCUGCAGCCAAUGCCCCGGGAAUGGCGUCUUCGGCCUCUGUAAAUUCGGACCGUGGCGAUCCGACACUUUCGAGCUCWAUUAACAACUCAGUAAAUAAACUCAAUGCGUCCAGCAGCRGCAGCGGCAACAUAGAUAACGACCCCGCUUCCACUUCGGGCAAGCCAUGUCACGCAGCGCGCUUGACGUUAUUGUGCUGCCAAAACGCRAUCCGUAUGGGAGCGCGAACGCAGCUCGCACUGUGYCCACCAGGUAGGGUACGAAAGGAACUCAAAGCUGCCCUGAGGAGUAAAGCUAGAUCCAAUAAUAGUAAUAACAAGCGCGGGUCGAAUUCAUCAACGUCAACACGCAGGAGUAGCUCUGGUCAAUUCUUUGUUACUCCCGAUGUCGGCGGAUAUUUUGGUGUGGACAAAAUGGUUGGAUCAGAAAUACUUGAAAAAGUGUAUCCUACACAGGGCGAUUAUUUAGUGAAUUCUAAUACUUUUGAUGGAGAAAGCGACGAAGAGGCCAGCAGCGGUGACGAUGACGAUUUGAUAGACCGCAAGCAGCUCGUGCUGGAUUUCGAUUGCUCACAGCUCCAGCACAAUAGUCUGGAGGAAGAAAAAAAGUACGCAAAUCUAGUCGAACCACUCUUUACUCCACUCGGGGAUGAGUCGGUGAUGACAAAUUCCGUGAAUGGACCUAUGAGUGGUGGCGCUGGCAGUUUGGGUAAAUUACCAUUUAAUCGAAGGAAAAUSAGAUACUUCGACUCAAUAACUGCUCAAGACACAAUGACUGUUCGGGCCUAUCUCAAUAAGGAAAUGCAACGAAGCAAGAAACGGGAAGUUUUGUUGUUGGCGAAACAUUUGAAACGUUCACAAAGGCUUCAACGAAGGCAACUGAAAGAGAAACGUGGAGAUAUCCCGCUUUCAAGUGCUGAUGAUUUAGAUGCACCUGGCGACGAUCAUCAACUUGCCAUUGCUAGUGUUUCUAAAUUUGAACAGAAUAUGACUCCAUCACUUGCUGCAGCGCUAGUGGUUGAGAGCUUAGAAAUGAACAAACUUGAGAGUAUUGAAGGAAUGGCAAAGUGUUAUGACGGCAUUGUAGCUGCUGGAAUUGCAAUCCUGGAAAUCAACAACGACCCUGGACCUUCCGAUGAUUCUUCUUCCAAUAGCGGAGCCCAUGGGAAAAGAGCACAAAUCAUGGGGGCGUUGACGCCUCUUUUGAUAUCAUCAUUGGAACAGCCUUCGGGUGAUGUCAUUCUUUCUCUUGCAAAAUUACGACGAAUGUGUGGAACMGCUCGUUACCAACGAAGAUUUGUCCAGCGCGUGGCUCCUUCCUUAAUAAGACCACCAAGAGGCGCAAUGUGGUGCUUGAAACAUCAAAAUGACAUGGAACCAAUUCUUGCUGCUGCGGAGAUGAUAUUCGACUCAGCAUCUGAUAUUUUUUCGAAGGCUUGGUAUGAUCGUGGUCAGCUACUACUUGCAGAUACUAAACGGGCAGAAACGCUUAAUACUGUGGCAAUGCAACUUAAAAAUCUUAGUUCGCAUCCAGACGAUCAUUUGACGUUGGACUUAGGCCAUGGAAAUAGCACUUGGAGAUCCAACAAAUACAAGAGCGGAAAAGAUACAUCGAAAGGUGCGAAAGAGCCACUUGCGGAAUGGGAAGUAAUUGAAGUGGACAGAAAUAUUCGGAUAUCAAUAUCCAAUAUUGUUUCUAUGGACUGGUCACGCGUUGUCGUUUCCAAAGAAGCAGCCUUGUCGUCUGCAUCUUUUCACCGUUCAAGACCUACGGGCAAACGACCGAGUGUUCUUCUACAAACAACAACAAGCGGUGAUAKCAGCCCGAAAAAUCAUUCUCCGGCUCCAAUGAGUCCACUSCGACCAUCUCCGAAAACCCAACAUUCCCUUCCUGUAUUUGGUGGUGAAAUGAACGACGUYGGUGGUUUGCAUUCGUCGAAUCACACUGCUAAUUUAGAUGCUCAACGCGAGCGAACUAAAAGUCCAAUCCCUUCCGGUACCUCGAAUCAAACAAUACCGUUGUCUCCUCCCCAUCCAAACAAAGAAACUGAAGUUCGCGUGCCAUCGGAUCAAUUUGCAUCAUCAAAUAUUUUCACACCGUCUGAGCAAACGCCACCUCGAUCACCAACUCCAAAGCAAAAAGAUGGCCCUUCGGAUAUCGCAUCAACAGGGGUUCAUGCAAGCGUUCCAUCAUUACCCAUGUCGCCGAAGCGGAACAAGAACGUUUCUUCAACCUCGAGUGGCAAGGAGUCGAUURCGAAAUAUUCCGAUAACAUUACUUCGUCAUCCUCUCCUGUGCACCCUCAGUUUGGAGGGGAAAGGGAGCGCGCACCACUUUCUCCACCACCUGUUGGAGUUAGUAACACGUCUGACGCUUCAUCGYAUAGACCUAUGUCUUCAUCGUCUUCUGUGACAUCUGGAAUGACGCAUAUAUCUGGAGUAUCUGGAUCUAGUUCUCAGCCUUCGCAUUAUCGCAUGCUGACCUCCACUGCUGCGGAACGAAAACGAACUGUUGCUGCGUGCCGUGCCCUGAGAGCACAGAUAACACGAUUCGAAGAUGCAUUUAUUCAGUUACAUGGACGACCGCCGAAGGGUGCAGCAGAACGAGCUCCCCUUGCAACGACAUACGCACAGUAUAGAGAGUGGAAAAGGGCCAUCCGUGCAGACGCUGCCUGUAGAAUACAGGCACUCAUUCGUGGUGCAAUUACUCGAUGGAUGCUGCUGCGGAGCAAUAACCCUAGAAUGUCGAAGGUUGUUGUGAAAAGGGCUGGGAGACGGGGUUUCGCYCUGCAAGACGACACGGCUCGUGCUCAGACCUCAGUUCUUGACGAACUCAGUAUUCCAGCCGAGAUUGGUGAUCGCAGACCGCGAACAGCUUUGCCUAACAGGGGUAAUYCAGGUUUAGAUGGAACAAAUCACACUCUUGCACCGCAGUGGGGGGAUCAAAUUUACAGACCAGCAACUGGGAGCAAUGAUUUUGUGCCUAGUUCACCAAUUCCUAGACCUGCUUCUUCUCCGGUAUCGUCUUCCCACUCGAGAACUUCUAGCGAUCUAGCUAGYAUGUCGCUGGCUGAGCUUCAAGCGCAGAAGCGUGAGCUCAAACAGCAGCUAAAGCAAUACGAUAUGAGUUUUGCGAGGCGACACGGUCGUAUGCCGGUGAAAGCGGAAAAGGAGCCUAUUCGCCAUCUCUAUGAAAGAUACAACUCUCUUAAAGCUCUCAUCAGUGAGAUGGAACAAGAAGGAAGGAAUUCCUCUUCGCCAACCGCAUCACMAGUUUCUAGUAGCCCAAUAGCAACACAGAGGGCCAUCGUCUCGCCAGUGGGUUCAGAUAGUGAUGAAUCAACYGGCAGAAGAAACAACAUCUCACGCCGAAGUCAAACAAGUUCUGCGGCAUCGGGUCAAGAUCUGGCUACCCUGAAGGCCGAAAAAGGAAGACUUCAUCAGAUGCUUCGAUCAUUUGAAAGAGAUUUCUUCCGAGAGCACCAGCGACAGGUUCAAAGCUUCGCAGACAUUCGGCCUGUAGCGGCUCAGUAUCGUCGAUACAAAGAAAUAAAGAGAGCUAUUGCUGCUCUCCAAAGAGGAGAACGGUAGAUUUAUAAUUAAUGCCCAAACCAAUAAGUCAUUAUUUUCCUA